GUGGGUCCCGCUGCCCGGCACGGGAGCGGCGUGGGAGCUCCCACACGGGACGGCGCGGAGCGGCCGGAGCUGUCCCCGUCCCGUCCCGUUCCCCCCCGUCCCCUCCGCCGGGCGCGCUCCCCGGGGCUGGGUGGGCGCGGAGCUGCCGCCGCUUUCAUCAUCGCUCCCGACGCGAAAACCCGCGCUGGCGGCUGUGCGCUGCGGGUGACAUGUCGCAGCUCGCUGCUGCGGCUCCUGCCAGCCCCGGUCCCGGUGGAGCUCGCUUUUACUUUAUUUUCUUGUUUUUAAUUUUUUUAUUUAUUUUUUUUUUCCCGGUUGCACCCGGUUUACCGCUCUGCUGAUGGAGACCGCCAAGCUCAACCCCAUCAUCCGGGAUGUCUACGGGGCUGCUGGUCGUGUCCAGCAAGCACCAGCCGCCGCCUCGGCGCGGAGGAGCAGCAGCUGCCGCGAGCUCAUGAUCAAGCUGACGGAGGGGCAGUACGUGCUGUGCCGCUGGACCGAUGGGCUCUAUUACCUCGGAAAGAUCAAAAGGGUGAGCGGCUCCAAGCAGAGCUGCCUUGUCACGUUUGAGGACAACUCCAAGUACUGGGUCCUCUGGAAGGACAUCCAGCAUGCCGGCAUCCCCGGGGAGGAGCCCAAGUGUAACAUCUGCCUGGGAAAGACGUCGGGUCCCAUGAACGAAAUCCUCAUCUGCGGAAAGUGUGGGCUGGGUUAUCACCAGCAGUGUCACGUCCCGGUGGCGAGUGGUGGCGAGAGCCCGCUGGGGACACCGUGGUUCUGCCGCCGCUGCAUAUUUGCCCUGGCCGUGCGGAAGGGGGGUGCCCUGAAGAAGGGAGCCAUUGCCAAGACGCUGCAAGCCGUCAAGAUGGUGCUGUCCUACAACCCCGACCUGCUCGAGUGGGACUCCCCACAUCGGACCAACCAGCAGCAGUGCUACUGCUACUGCGGGGGCCCCGGCGAGUGGUACCUGAAGAUGCUGCAGUGCUACCGCUGCCGGCAGUGGUUCCACGAAGCCUGCACCCAGUGCCUCAGUGACCCCAUGAUGUUCGGAGACCGGUUCUAUGUGUUCUUCUGCUCCGUAUGCAACCAGGGGCCUGAAUACAUCAAGCGCCUGCCCUUGAGAUGGGUGGAUGUCGUCCAUCUCGCCCUCUACAACCUGGGUGUACAGAGCAAGAAGAAGUACUUUGAUUUCGAGGAGAUCCUGGCCUUCGUGAACCACCACUGGGAUCCGCUGCAGCUCGGGAAGCUGACGGGCACCCCCAUCUCUGAGCGCGGCCCCCACCUCCUCAAUGCACUCAACAGCUAUAAAAGCAGGUUUCUGUGUGGGAAGGAAAUCAAAAAAAAGAAAUGCAUCUUUCGCCUGCGCAUCCGCGUCCCGCCGAACCCCCCCAGCAAGGUGCUGCCAGAGAAAGCCCCCGGCGUGAGUGAGAGCAGCUCCUGCGAGCUGAAGAAGAGGGGAAAAAGCAAAUAUGUCCAUAAAGACAGCCUGCUGCCGCGGCAGAUCCAGCAGCAGAAGCGGCGAGCGGCGCGGCGCAAGAGGGCCAAAUUCCUGCUGGAGGACGCCAUUCCCAGCAGUGACUUCACCUCCGCCUGGAGCACCAACCACCACCUGGCCAGCAUCUUUGACUUCACACUGGAUGAAAUUCAGAGCCUGAAAAGUGCCAGCUCGGGACAGACUUUCCUAUCGGACGUGGACUCCACGGAUGCUGCCAGCACCUCGGGCUCAGCCACCACGAGCCUCUCCUACGAGUCCAGCCGGAGGACCGUGGGCAGCCGCAAGCGCAAGCUGGCAGCACCAGCCUACGCCUCGGCGGGGGUGAAGAGGAGAGGUGGGGAGGCGGGCGGGCGCCCGGCCGGGGGCACCCCCGAGGGCAGCGAGGCAGCCUGCGGCCCCGACCGCCCGGACGACGGCAUCGACAGCCACACCUUUGAGAGCAUCAGCGAGGACGACUCCUCGCUGUCCCACCUCAAGUCCUCCAUCAGCAGCUACUUCGGGGCGGCGGGCAGGCUGGUCUGCGGCGAGAAGUACCAGGUGCUGGCGCGGCGGGUGACGCUGGAGGGGAAGGUGCAGUACCUGGUGGAGUGGGAAGGCACGACCCCCUACUGAGCCCCGCCAGCCCCCAGACUUCUCCCGGAGCCAAAGCAGAGGAGAGCGGGGUGACGGGGAAACCCUCGCCGUGAAGCGGAGGAGGAGUGCUGGCCUGCGGCGGGGGCGGGGGGGCUGGGACCCCUCCAUGCCGGGGGUCCCGGCUGGGGCCAGCUCCCCGGGAACCAAGCCGGCGCCGUCAGCAGUGCUGCCCAGGGGUGAAUCCUGCAGCCUUGCCGCCGUAUUUUAUUCAUUUUAACAGUUGUUAUUUUAUUGGCCGUGUAUAUGCAAAGAGCGUGGCCCAGCUGCGCUCUCCGGAUGGAGCCUUUGGCCGAGCCCGAGGCACCAUCAGGGUGGUUGGUAAGAGCAACGAGGGGGUCUGGCCUUUCCAGACGGGUCCCCCCAGCAUGGCUGGGCACCCCUUGGGGAAGCUCUUGGGGGGCACCCCGCAACCUGCUCGUGCAGACGGACGUCGUGCCGGUGCCUGGCGCACCCUGACCCGUCCCCAUGUCCAAGCCUUACAGAGCGGAUGGAGGGGGUCCUGCUGCGAAAGCAAAAAGCACCUCCCCCAGCCGUGCUUUCACAGCCCGUCCCUGUGCCCGUGGGAAACAGUGGGCAGCUCUCACCAGAGCCGGUGUACAGGGUUUUCCUCCUCCUCCUAAAUCCAUUCAUUAAAGGAAUGGGAUUUGUUUUAAAUGAGGGGAAAAUGCCCCGUAACCAGCCCACGUGCAGCCGGCUUUUGCGGCCACGGGGCAGACAUACGUGGUUGCUGUCGUCCUGCGACCUGGACGGCGUGCGAUGAUACACCAGCUUUGCUUCCCUGUUCUUCUGACAAUCACGGUCUUGGAAGAGAUCAGCCAAAAGAUACACCUUUGCCUUAAAACCACCGCGGGCAUUUCACAGACUGGAGCCCGAGGCCUUUAUUCCCGCAGGAAUCCUCGUCCUGAACGUGCCAAACAAGCAGACAAACCAAAAAGGCUGAAGAGGACAGCAGGGGCGUGGGAGGGGGUCGUACCGGGGUCCCUGCGGCCAUCCCCAUGGCCUCGUGGCUGUGCCUUGCUGGAGGGAAGCCACGCGUUCUGUUACUGGGGUAGUGGCGAUGUUUGUGAGUGCGUCGGGUGAGUUUGUCUGCAGAAGAGAAGGAGCAGCCCCCUUCAACUAAAGCAAUACUGCCAGGUUGUUCAGGAGCAAAGCAGUUGUCUUUUUUAAAGAAAAUAUAAUAUCAUCAGACGUAUUUGUUGAUUUUUUUCUGAGAGAGAGAUGUAUAUAUUUUUAAUGUUGUCCUCCUCGUCUCUCCCCAUCACCACCGUGGCUGUCCCAUGGGGACGGAGGGUGGCGAUGCCAGGGGGGCUGCGUGGUCCUGCUCUAUCAGCACCCCCCAUCCCUACAGCCCCAUCGUUCGUACGUGUGCUUGAGAGAUCUGCCAGCCGCAGGGUGAAUUGAAAAGGUGGCUUUAUUGAAAAAGUACUUAAGACAAUUUGUCAGUGUGAUCAGCACAAGCGAGCAGGUGAUGUUUGCAAACCAGAGGCCAGAGCAUGGUCCUUAAAAAGAAACUCCUGCUUCAGCUACUGCCAAAAUAAUGUAGUGGAACCCCACGAAGGGGGGAUUUGCUGGAUGGUGUAAUUCAUCUAGCACCACCAGAGCAUUGUACGGCUGUGAGGUGACGAUGCCUCUCGCAGGGCUGUGGUGCAGAGCAGCAGCUUCUCUGCAGCCCCAGGAUGUGCCCGCCUGGUUUGGGCCAGGCAUGAGCUGCUUCGGUGCCCAUACUAUGAGCGUGAAUAUUUGGCUCGGCAGGUAAAAGCAUUUUAGCUCCUUCCUGAGGAGUUGCCCAGGGUCGUGCAGCCGGUGUCUCAGUGGAGAAGCUGCUGGCCGCUUGUGCAGUGCGAGGGCUGGGAGAGGAGGCUCCGUCCAGGGCCAGCCAUGAGAUGGUUUGAGCCGAGCGGGGUGAGAUGUGCUUUGGGGAGAGGUGCUUGGCACCCUUGGGAUCUGCAUCUCAGCUCAUCCGGAGGGACCAUCUCCGGAUGGCCCUGUCGUUUUGGGCGGUGUGCUGCUGGGACCCCCUGUCCCUGGCAGGGAUGGGUGCAGCUCCUGCCUUGGCUCGUCACCAAAGGAUUGCUUAAAGUAUUUCCCUUUCAUGAGUGCCUGUGAAGCCCUUGUUAGUGUCUGAGUUGCUGCCUGAGGGGCUGGGGGCUGCCAAGAGCCGUGCUAGAGCCAAGCUGGGUUAUUCCCACGGGAUGCCCCAAUGGACACUGCACUUGUGGGAGCACCCACCACGCGUGGCCCCGGUUCCCCUCCUCUCCCUCUCUUCUUCCUCUUUUCUCCUGGCCUCCUGCGGAGAAUGGAAUGUGGAGCCUUUAAAAAUAUUUUUGUUGCAGAGUAUAUUUUGCAUUAGCUGUAAUAGAUAUUAUAAUGACUGUGCACCUUCUAAAGAUUUAUGAGUUCAGGUUGCUGCUUGUAAUAACCAACUCUUGUUACACCCAAGUUGUAAU